AUGGACUCAUCGCCUCUAAGCAGAAGACAUAGCAUGGCUCGAGAAAAUGCCGAAAAAGUUUUCAACUAUUUAACAGCUCGCUAUAAAGCAGAAACUGAAGCUACUUGUCAAUCUUUAGGCUAUUCUUUAGAUGAGCUUAAUCAGACGUAAGAAGUUAUUUAGAAAAUCAGCAGAGCAAAAAGAGCGUGGAACACCUUCAGAUCUUGGGAAAAUUAGGCAUAUCCAUCAUGAAGAAAGAAGAAUGGCAAAAAUCAUGAAAUUAGCAUCAGAAAUGAUUAACGUCAUAGAAAGUAAAAAAUAAUCAGGAACUCCUUCGUUCGAUAACUUAUUGAAAUCACUCAAUAUAACUGAAACAAAAAAAUCAGGCAAAAAGUAUUUAAAUUCUUCGCUGAAUUAUGAAUCUUUACCUAGUUAUACAAGCCAAUUUUCCAAGCCCCAAGAUGUAAUCAAUUAUAACUAUAAAAAAGAAAAGGAAAAAUUUAAUAGAAGCUUAAUGAUCAUUGAUAGGCAAACUCAAUUAAGAAAGCAAGAAAAUAAAAGAAAACAAGAAAAGAUGAAAAAAUUUGAAGAGAGAGAAAGGAAACUAAAAGAAGAAAUGCAAAAACGCGCAGAAGAGCACGAAAGAUUUACUGCAAAUAUGAAUGAAAUUAGAAAACAGAGGCUUGAGAAAAAGGCUAAAAUUGAAGCGGAAUUCAGAAAACAGUGCAGAAAGCAUGAAAUUGAUUUGGAAGAAAGAAUGGAAAAAUUGAGUGAAGAAAAUAAAGUACAGCUUAGAAGAAAAUUGGAGAAAAAACAUGCUGAAAUUUUAAAUAAAAUAAAAGCUGACUAUUCCAAAAUUGUGCAUGAAGAAGUAAAGGAAAACACUGAUAAAAAGUCUAUGCUAAGAAUGAUGAGAGAAAUUGAAGAUAAAAUUGAAAGAAGAGUUGUACAAUACGAAAAUAAUGUAAAACAAAGAGUCCAAACAGCAAAAGAGCACUCUGAAAAAGUUGAUAAAGUUAUGAGUCAAAGCCAAAUCGACGAAAUGAAAAGGAAAGAAGAAAAAUUAAAACAAAUUGUCGAAAAAUCCAGAAAAAUAGAAAAUAUGCUUGGAAAAAAAGAAGAUCUUGCCCAUUUGAAUUCAGAAAAAGUAAAAAAUGUGUUAGAAAAAAAAUUUGACCGAAAAGAGCAAGGGAUAAAAGAAGUAAAAUCUGAAUUUAAUAAAAAAUUGCACGAAAUCGAAGAAAAAGACGAGAAAAAAACGAAAUUUUUUGAUGGGUUUGCUAAGCAUGUACAAAAAAUUGUAAAAGAAAAAAUUCAGAAAAAUUCUGAUGUAAAGCAAAACCAAACAACUAAUUAUGAAAAAUGCUGCGAAGAUUAUGAAAGGUUUAAGGAUAAAGUAAUGCAAAAGCAUUUUAGGCUUUCUCGCUUAGCUGAAGAUAUAAAGACGCAUAGGCAAAAUUUAUCAGCCCUUAAGAGGAGAAGCAAUUUAGAAGUCAAUAUACUUCGCAAUGCUGCUACUUCGAACAGUCCUAUGAAGAGAAGUGAGAUUAAAGCAUUGAGAGAAACAUUUUAG